UAUUAUCACAGUUUGAUAAUUUUAACAGUGCAGUUGAGUACAUGUUUCAUAUACAAAUAAAUAUUUGAAAAUUAAUUUCCCACUUCCACCGACAAAGGAUGAAAAUAUGGCAAAGAACUUCAUAUUAAAAGGAUUUUUACUUUUACAGAUUGUUCAGGCAAUAAAUGCGGAUGGUCACGUAAAUAUCCUGGUCCAAAUUUUACAAUAUGACAAUCCACUGGGGACAUCAUUCCAUGGUAUAGACAUACAUUCACAAAGAAAAUGUUGUGAUAGAGGGACUAUCCCUGCAUGUAGCACAACUGAUACUUGUGACUCACUCUUUGUGUUUUGCAUUGGCGGUAUCAGAAGUGGAAAAUGCAAAGGUCCAAGUAUAACAACAAGUGUUCUUAGCAACAAAGCCUCGUUCGGGACUUCCUUUGACAACACUGUUAUACAUUCUAUAACAUGGACUCAUUGGCAAUCGAGCUCUCUAGAAUAUGUUGCAAAUGUGAUGGAUAAAGAUGGUCACAAUAAAGAGCUUGUUGAUACUUUUACGUCCACUAUUGCUUUACGUGCUGAUACCGACUAUGAAAGUUCAUUUCCCCAAAUGUUGUCAUUUAAAAGAUAUGUCAGUCUAGACAUCGGUAUACGGAUAUGGUGUCAAGACGGGUACUAUGGUCCUGACUGUAGCAGUAAAUGUGAUCAACAAUAUAGUAUUUGUACAAAGAAUAACGGGCAAACUUUACUACAGUCUUGUAGCAAAAAUGACGUUUCAACAUAUAAACUUAAACCUGGAUUUCACGUACCUGAGAAUUUUACUCCUCUGUACAUACGACAGCUUUUAUCACAGUUUUUUCUCCAUGAAAUCUGUUCAGAUGCACAUGAAGUGAAUGUUGAAAUUUUACGUUUUAAUAUGGAAGGGACAUUAGAAUUUAAAGCAGAGUGUGAUAACAAAGCUCUAAGCAGCUUACUGUUCAAUACACAUAUCUAUCUACUGAGCCUAACAAAUAAAGCAGCUUUGGGAAGAUAUUUUCCGAACAGUCCUUUACUUGUUCCAACAGUUCAUCAACAACUAGCUAGAGGGGCGACGAUAUUUGUUAUGUUGAGACCGAUACAUUAUCAUGAUUCCUCCACGUCAUGUGGACACAAUGGCUGUAAUGUUGAUAUACAAGUUUGCUUGAAAGCACAGUCUAAUGGCAUUUGUCAAGAGACAGUUUCGGUUCAAUCGAAGUUAAUAACAACAAAUCUUACAAUAUGUGAUGGAAUUCUUGUCAAUUCGCAGCCGACAAACCAAGGAUACAACUUGCUAGGUGUUAAAUCAUGGCCGGUUUUUCAAGUGACAGUACAGUACAAUGAACACAAAAUUAAAUUUGAAAAUCAACAACACCCGCCGGCAUCAUAUGAAGCAGGCGCCCUCUAUAACAAAGCAAAACCACUUCAAAUGACGUUCUCAUCUGGUGACAAAACUUUAGUUCUAGAAGCAAUGAUUUGGUGCGACACUCAUCAUUCUGGCAAUCAUUGUCAACAUAGUUGUAUAGCAACAGGAAGUAAAAUAUGUGACGAGAAUGGACACUUGGUUUGCAAGACAGGGUACCAUGGAAAUAACUGCAUUGACAUAAAUGAAUGUCAGGGUUCAAACCCUUGCAAAAAUGGCGGGACAUGUCAUAAUACCCCAGGAUCAUUCACCUGUCAAUGUCUCAAAAGCUGGACUGGACGUUUAUGUGACGUUGAUGUUGAUGAAUGCUCUUUACAACUUUGUACAAAUGCCACAAUUUGUACGAACACUCCUGGGUCAUUUCACUGCCGUUGUGAACGUGGAUUUCGUGGACGUUAUUGCACAGAUACUGACGAAUGUAAACUCCUAAUAAAGUUGUGUCAACACAACAGCACAUGUUUGAACACAUAUGGUUCCUAUUCAUGCAUAUGCUCUGAAGGUUUUUUAGGAAACAGAUGUGAGCGAUGUCAAUCAUGUGGGCCUCACAGUGUGAAUUGUACAAAUAAGAACGAUAAUUUACUUUGUAACUGCAAAGAAGGUUGGUAUGGUAAAACUUGUCAAAACGAUAUAAAUGAAUGCCAAACUAAGCCUUGUCAAAAUGGGACAUGCCAUAAUGUACCCGGUAAUUACAGCUGCACUUGUUAUUCAGGGUACACGGGCAGACACUGCGAAAAUGAUUUGGACGAGUGUUUAACGGCGAAGUGUGCUAACAAUGGUACGUGUAUCAACUUACCUUACCCACAGAGGUAUAGAUGUGAUUGUGCUCCAGGAUGGGAUCCUAAAAGCCGUUGUUAUCAUCAUAGAGAUGAAUGUAAAUUAAACCCUUGUGUUCAUGGACAAUGUACAAAUAAAAAUGGAAACUACAUUUGUACCUGUAAAACUGGUUGGACUGGUAAGAAUUGUGAUGUCUGGGACAGAUGUAAAGAAAACCCAUGCUUAAACAAUGGAACUUGUUUCAAUGAACCUGUUAAUCACUUGUGCAAAUGUGCUAAUGGUUGGACAGGGGACAAUUGUUCUGCUGAUAUAGAUGAGUGUAAUACAAUUAAUCCUUGUAAGAACAAUGGUCGAUGCACAAACAUUAAUGGCGGCUAUAUGUGUGUAUGUGGAGUCGGGUGGACGGGCCAAAACUGUACAGUAGAUGUUAAUGAAUGUAGAAAGUAUAAUCCGUGUAAACACAAUGGCAGUUGCAGAAAUACACAGGGGGGAUACUCCUGUAAGUGUGAAAAAGAAUGGACUGGGGAAAACUGUUCAGUAGAUAUUGAUGAAUGCAGUAAGCAUAAUCCAUGUCAACACCAUGGCAGUUGCACAAAUGCACAAGGAGGAUAUUCUUGUAACUGUCGUACUGCAUGGACGGGGAACAACUGUUCAGAAGAUGUUGAUGAAUGCAGUGAGCAUAAUCCCUGUAAGAAUAAUGGUAAAUGCAUGAAUACCCCAGGAGGGUAUUCCUGUCAAUGUGAAAAUGGAUGGACUGGGAAAAACUGUUCAACAGAUGUGAAUGAAUGCAUCAAAGAUAAACCAUGUCAAAACAAUGGCACUUGCAUAAAUAGUCAAGGAGGAUAUUCUUGUAACUGUCAAAGUGCAUGGACGGGGAAAAUCUGUUUAGAAGAUAUUAAUGAAUGCAUCUCAAAUAAUCCCUGUAAAAAUAAUGGCAGAUGCAGGAAUACACAAGGAGGGUACUCUUGUCAAUGUGAAAGAGGAUGGACUGGGCAAAAGUGUUCCUCUGAUAUAAAUGAAUGUCAUAACACAAACUUAUGCCAAAAUAAUGGAAAUUGUAGCAAUACCCCGGGAGGAUACAGAUGUCACUGUAGCAUUGGGUUUACGGGGGAAAAUUGCACAUCUGACAUCAACGAAUGUACCAAUAACAAACUUUGCCAGAAUAAUGGAACUUGUCAUAAUGUCAAAGGAGGAUAUACGUGUACAUGUCCUCAAAAUUGGAUCGGCAAUAACUGUGAGCAAGAUGUCGAUGAAUGUCACGGUCCUUCUCCUUGCAAACAUAAUGGAACUUGUAAAAACACUAUCGGUAGUUAUUCAUGUGAGUGUUCAAAAUAUUGGAAGGGGAGUCAUUGUGAAACUGAUGUGAACGAAUGUGAUAUAAGAAAUACGUGUAAAAACAAUGGAAAAUGUAAAAACUUUAAUGGAGGAUAUACGUGUGCUUGUACAACUGGAUGGACAGGCAAAACUUGUAGCUAUGAUAUAGAUGAGUGUAAACUUCAUAAUCCUUGCCAAAAUAAUGGCCAGUGCACUAACAUACAAGGAGGAUACUCUUGUCAUUGUGACAUCGGAUGGUCUGGAAUAAACUGUUCAGUUGAUGUUGAUGAGUGCAGUAAACAUCAGCCCUGUAAAAAUAAUGGCAGUUGCAGAAAUUUCCAAGGAGGAUACUCAUGCCAGUGUCAAAAUUCGUGGACGGGACAUAACUGUACUGACGACGUUAAUGAAUGCAUCUCACAUAACCCUUGUGAAAAUAAUGGCGUGUGUAAGAAUACACAAGGAGGCUUCUCUUGUCAAUGUGAAAGAGGAUGGACUGGGCAAAAUUGUUCUUCUGAUAUAAAUGAAUGUCAGACAGAACACCCAUGUAAAAAUCAUGCCAUUUGCAGUAAUACUCCGGGAGGAUACACAUGUCACUGCGACAGAGGAUUUACGGGAUUAAAUUGUAUAUCUGAUAUCAAUGAAUGUCGCUCAAAAAAUCCAUGCCAAAAUCAAGGAAAUUGCACUAAUACAUUUGGAGGAUAUACUUGUAUUUGUGACAGGGGUUUUACUGGAAAAAACUGUACAUUCGAUAUCAACGAAUGUAUCAAUAACAAACUUUGCCAGAAUAAUGGAACUUGCCAUAACAUAAAUGGGGGAUAUGCGUGUUUAUGUCCUCAAAACUGGUCCGGCAACAACUGUGAACAAGAUGUCGAUGAAUGUCAAAGAAUUUCUCCUUGCAAAAAUAAUGGAACUUGUAUAAACACAAACGGAAGCUAUUCAUGUAAAUGUCCCACAUAUUGGAAGGGAAAUCAUUGUGAAAAUGAUGUGAACGAAUGUGAUAUAAGAAACACAUGUAAAAACAAUGGAAAAUGUAUAAAUUUUAAUGGAGGAUAUACGUGUGCUUGUACCACUGGAUGGACAGGCAAGACUUGUAGCUCUGAUAUAAAUGAGUGUAAACUUCAUAAUCCUUGCCAAAAUAAUGGCCAAUGCACUAACAUACAGGGUGGAUACACUUGUCAUUGUGACAUCGGGUGGUCUGGAAUAAACUGUUCAGUUGAUGUUGAUGAGUGCAGUAAACAUCAGCCCUGUAAAAAUAAUGGCAUUUGCAAAAAUGUCCAAAGGGGAUACUUGUGCCAAUGCAGAAAUUCGUGGACAGGACAUAACUGUACUGACGACGUUGAUGAAUGCAUCACACAUAACCCUUGUAAAAAUAAUGGCGUGUGCAAGAAUACACAAGGAGGCUACUCUUGUCAAUGCGAAAGAGGAUGGACUGGGCAAAAUUGUUCUUCUGAUAUAAAUGAAUGUCAGACAGAACACCCAUGUAAAAAUCAUGCCAUUUGCAGUAAUACUCCGGGAGGAUACACAUGUCACUGCGACAGAGGAUUUACGGGAUUAAAUUGUAUAUCUGAUAUCAAUGAAUGUCGCUCAAAAAAUCCAUGCCAAAAUCAAGGAAAUUGCACCAAUACAUUUGGAGGAUAUACUUGUAAUUGUGACAGGGGUUUUACUGGAAAAAACUGUACAUUCGAUAUCAACGAAUGUAUCAAUAACAAACUUUGCCAGAAUAAUGGAACUUGCCAUAACAUAAAUGGGGGAUAUAAGUGUUUAUGUCCUCAAAACUGGUCCGGCAACAACUGUGAACAAGAUGUCGAUGAAUGUCAAAGAAUUUCUCCUUGCAAAAAUAAUGGAACUUGUAUAAACACAAACGGAAGCUAUUCAUGUAAAUGUCCCACAUAUUGGAAGGGAAAUCAAUGUGAAACAGAUGUGAAUGAAUGUGAAACCAGUUACCCUUGUAAAAACAAUGGAACGUGUAAAAACUUUAUUGGAGGGUAUACGUGUAGUUGUACAACUGGAUGGACAGGAAAUACUUGUGCGUCUGAUAUAAACGAAUGCAGUACCAAUAAUCCUUGUCAAAAUAAUGGAAGCUGCAUUAACAUACAAGGGGGGUAUUUAUGUAAGUGUGAUAUUGGUUGGAAUGGAAAAAACUGUUCAAUAGAUAAUAAUGAAUGUGUAACUGAUCAUCCUUGCAAAAAUACCGGUACCUGUCAAAACAAUCAAGGUGGUUAUACUUGUUUUUGUGACGCUGGUUGGACAGGCAGGAACUGUUCGGUAGAUAUAAAUGAGUGCAAAAAUAUCUUACUUUGUAGUAAUCAUGGCACAUGUACUAACACUGACGGAGGAUUUAGAUGUAAAUGUCCUUCGAACUGGGAAGGUAUUCAUUGUGAAAUUGAUGUUAAUGAAUGCGAUUUCAAAAAUCCUUGUCAAAAUAACGGAAGCUGCACUAACACACAGGGAGGAUAUUCAUGUAUAUGCCCUCCUUCUUGGACAGGUUCUUACUGUGCCUCACAAAUGACCAACAUUAAAAUAACAUCUCUUUUGACAAGCAAGUCAUUAAGCACACAAACCUCAUCACCGACUGAUUCCACGUCUAAAAGUAGAUCGUCCACUUCGUCAACCGAAUCGCUAUUAACAAGCCGUCCAUCAUUUCCAUCUACCACGUUUUCGGUUACAACUAAAAAUUCACCAAAACAAUCAGACACAAGUAAAUCACCAUCUCUGUCACCUAAAGCGCCGAAACUAACAAAUAGUUUUGCAUCUUCUGUAAUAACCUUUUCUACAGACAAUACAAAGCCAAAAAAUACAAGCCCUGAAGUAGUAUCAACAUCAAAUUUUGAGACUACAACCCAAAAACCUACUGUGUCGUCAGUAACAAACAAACAGAAUAUUGUUUCUUCAAGCAAAACUUUUUCCAGUUCUAAUUCUGCACAAUCAUCACUCCAGAAAAGCAAACCUUCAGUUACCACCACGUCUUUGAAAGACAAUAAACAUACUUCUAAUGUUACCGUGGAAUCAACUUUGCCAAGCACAACUUCACAAAAAAGCAGUGGUUUAUCCGCUUUUUCUGCUGCGGCAUGGUCAUUAAGUAGUAUUUCGUCAGUUUCAGUGACAUCAAAAGCAAGCACAAGCAAGUUGACACUUCAUAGCAGCACUCUUACCACCAUAUCUGCAGAAAAAUAUAUUUACACAUUAGAAUUUGUGAAAAAGUUAAGUGAGUCAGACCAAACAGAUAUAAAAAAAGGAAUGGAGUUUUUGCUUCAAAACGACACCUGUUCUAGCAGUACUAAUAUAAAUAUCACAAUAUUAGAUGAUUGGAAAACGUCAAUUAAUUCUGUGAAAGUUCAUGCGCAAUGUGAUGGUAGAGAUGUCUCAAAAAAAGAAAUUGAUGAAGCGUUAAGUGCCUUAACACCACAAAUGUUGAAGUCUCUUUUCCCCUUUGAAUUGAAGCAAAAAGGCGGACACAAAGACGGUAAUGAACCCGAGACGAACUGGAUUCAGAAAAAUAUGAUGGUGAUAGUAGGAGUUGGUAUUGGCGUCGUGCUGAUAGCUGCUACUACAAUUGGUUGUAAAUGUUAUAGGUCAAGAAGGAAAAUGUUUUCUAACGAAGAUGGGCCUUUGUUUGACGACACACCUACUUUUGUAGAGCUAAAAAAACGAGACAGAAUUGUUAGCGGGCAAAUCACUGCUACUGAAAAUCCCCUCUAUGAUUCUUUCUCUUCCUCAAACAGAGACAGCUAUAUUGCUUAGUAUGGAUUUAUGUGCUGAUGUAAUACAUAUAAGGUAACAGGUGGUUACUGUGCGAUAAGAUACUGACAUUUAUUAUGAUAAUUAUUUAUUACUAGUGUACUUUCUAUCAUAGUAAUAGUUUAGUUUAUUUCAAUAUUCCAUUGGACCAAAUGAUAAAUGACAAGACAGUGUAAAGCAUACAUUUACAAUAACAUGUGCAAGUGGAGAAGGUAUAACACAAAUUGUUUAUCAUCAUUGAAAAUAAAUAUCAGAACAAAGGAUGCAUAAUAAUAAAUUACCACUGUUUAGCACAACUUAUAUAAAAGUGCACGUUUUCUUUACCUUGUGAUAAAUGCACAUGAAUUAUCGACGUAAUUAUUACAUGUUUUUGUUAACAAUGCUUGAAUAUUUAGCGUUUUUCUAAGGAUAGAAAUUAUAUAAUAAAGUUUGUGUAAAAUUGUUAUUUUUUUAAUUAGUUACAGCUCUUUUUGUUUGUUUUGCUGAAUUCUACGUAAGUAAUAUUUACUCAUAACUCACUAAGAUAACCAGUCUUAAAGAUAGUCAAUGCUGUAAACACCAAGAUAAUAGUUCGAGCGUCGGAAUGAGAAUUGUUAGUAUUUUUUCUACAAAGUCCAUUAUUCAUGUAUAUUGCAAGAAGGAUAACUAUUCUAUGCUUUUAAAUAUUUCAUUAUGUAUAAUUUUUAAUCUAGUAAUUUCAAAACCCUAUUCAAAUGAAAAAUGAACAUAUAUUGCUCAGUGCAAAACCCUACUACAAUAUACAUGUAAAUACUAUUUUAUCAAAAAAAGCUUUAAUGUUUGUUCACAAGUUUGGUACCUUACUUUGGUACUUCAGCUUUAAAUACAAACUUUAAGGAAAGUAUAAUGUAUUGAUUCGUGUUUCAACAAUAAAACAUGUUUGCCAUGGUCUUGUUAUGCGUGAUCGUUUAAUUUGCUAAAAAGUUAUUUUAAAAUGUGUCCUUUCCUCGUAUGUUAUUCUUUAUUCGGCUCGUUAAUCAUUUAAGUUUGAUAUUUACUAUUUUGACAGACUACUUAUUUUAUUUUGCUGAACAGGUUUUUGAGUGUUUUGCUCCAAUUUUAAAACAAAUUAAGGGCUAUAACUAUUAUUGUAACUAUUGCAUUGCUCAGUAGACAUUUGUUAUGGUUUUAUUUCUCUGAAGGACAUGUAUAUAAAAUGGACCAUAGUUGGAGAAUGGAAAACAAAGUCUAAUUUAUAAAGCCGUUUGUUUUAUUCAAACAUGUCAAGAAAUGAGUAUAUACAUGACAAUUAGAGACAUAUAAUAUUAAAUAAUAAAUAUAGACAUCUUUUAACAAAGUAUGUAUGUGGUGUAUGACAAUAUUUAAGUCUUUUAUUUCUUUAUCAUGUUGUCGCGUAUUGCUGUUGUUUUAUGUUGUUGUUUAUAUUUUUGUAUAUAAUUGUUACCAGAAGUUAUGUAAUCUAGUGAUUAAUUACGAUUUCUUCUUUAUCAAACAAAAAACCAUGUAUGUUAAUUUGAAUGUUAUUGUAUAAAUAAACCAGAAUACUCAACAA